GCAACUCAGCCCUCAUGCGAACCUAGGACGUAAUGGGAUACUCACAUGCGGCGCCAUAGUAAUAAGGGCAGCGUAAGCCUGUAAGAUCCGGCCUGUGGUACAGCUCCCUGCUGGGCUAGUCCAGCAUAAUCAACCUAAUCCUGGAUUAUACCCCGGAUGAUUGGCCCUUGAAGGGGUUGACGCAACAUCAUUGUCAGUUAUUAUUGGUCUACCCCGCUUCAUCGCUUCCUCUCAGCGCCUUUCCCCAGACAAACAAACUGGGUUCAGGUCAUUCCAUUUCCUAAGGCGGCAGGCAAUGGGUAGGUAAGGUAGGCCAGGUAGGUAUCAAGACUGCCUGCCGCUCUCCUCUCGCCCCCUUUAAAAGCCAGCAGUUUCCCUCCUUCACCUCGAGACGUUACACUCUCCAUUUGUUGUCUGUACCUUUCAACAAGUUUCAUCAUUAUUACCGCUAUAUGAUUGGUAUCGACUCAAGUGUAGUGUCGAAGAAACCCUAACACCAUCUACGAACUGCCGAUCUAGAUCGAUCCGGUACGAUUGCUCCUAUUCUUAUAGUCCUGUUCCUCUCCCCCUCCUUUUCAUCUACUAACGAAGUCAUAUCAAGCGGACCUAGGACCAUCUCCUUUCAUUUAUAUCAAAUUUUAUUACAUAUUAUCAUCAAUCAUCCAACAUGCCUGUCCGUCUCCCCCGAGCACGAUCAACUGAGAUCGCUACGUUCGGUCUCGCUGGCGUCGCUGGCUUCGCACCUUUCUACUUUAUCCUCCCGGGCGCCGAAGAACGCCUAGCAACGCAGACCGCCCGGUGGGCGCCCCGAUGGGAGCGUAACAUCUCCUACUUCGCCCCUCCGGCCAGGAUGAUCGCCCAACGCGUAGAACCCCGCGUUGAGAGGACCGUCAAGAAGAUCGACGACCGUCUACCCCUAGAGAAGAUGACCAAGAACGUCGACAGGCGAAUCAAGUACGGCAUCGACAAGAUGUCCAAGCAGUAAAUUAUUUACUUUGUCGGAUGGGGAUAAAGGUUAGGCUCAUUGGGAUUGUAUAUAACUUAUACCAUAUAUGACAUGAGAGGAUGGGAUAAACAUAAGAAUUGUACUCUCUUUAAAUUGCGAGUACGGGCGCGAUGCGCUCUGGACAAGUUCAUAGAUGACAUGUCCGAUUAUACAAUAGCUACAAUCAAAGCUGUGUAAAAGUUACCACAU